UUAUACCUCUUGUACGCCAAACUUGAAGAAGAUCACGGUCUGGCUCGGAGGGCGAUCAAAAUAUAUGAGCGCGCAACGGAAGCAGUGGAACCGGAGGAACGUUUCACUAUGUUCAACAUCUACAUUCAACGUAUCGCAGAUCUUCACGGGGUAACUCACACACGGGCAGCCUACGAGCAAGCCAUUGAAAGGCUGCCAGAGAAGCAUGCUCGACAAAUGUGUCUCCGUUUCGCAGAUUUAGAGAGGAAAUUGGGCGAAGUUGACCGUGCACGUGCUGUUUACGCUUAUGCCGCCCAAAUGUGUGAUCCUCGAACCGAGCCCGAAUUUUGGAAGAUUUGGAAAGAAUUUGAACUUGCGCACGGGAACGAAGACACUCUGCGAGAAAUGCUUCGGAUCAAACGCAGCGUGCAGGCCACUUAUAACACCAAAGUUAGCUUCAUGGCAAGUCAUCUAGCUGCUACGAAGGAACAGAAUGAAAAUCCAAUGCAAGCAGUUGAAUCGGCAAUCACGGCGGAGGAGACCUCUACAAACAAGCGACCGCUGAUUGUUUUUAAAUCAGCUGGUGUUGUCAGUCAAGUAGGCACCGAUGGCGACAGCAGUGGCAGGGUAACGAGUAGGACCCCAUCCAGGAAUCCAGAGGCCAUUGACAUUGAUUUGCCAAUGGAGGACGAGGACGAGGGUAUUGAGGGGGUAGAAACAGUUCAGGACGAGGAAAAGAUACUUGAAGACGACGAAGAUGGCUCAAAGCCUCGUCUGAGGAUUGAGAAGCAGCCGGUUCCUUCUGCUGUCUUCGGAAGUCUUAAGGAUGAUAAUGAUGACUGA